CACUUGCACCCCUCUGAUCCUAAGUGCCUCAAUUUUGAAUUUUGAAUUUUGAAUUUCGAAUUUUGAAUUUCGAAUUUUGAAUAAAUCAAUCAUAACAAUUAUCUGGCGUCACUUCCCGUGAGCAAAACGGAAUCCCUAAAACAUUAUUUUCGAGUUUUCCAAUAAGAAUGGUGUUGAUGUCAUUGCCAAACACACGUUCGUUUGUGGUUUAUGUUUUCGGAUCACGCAUCAUAAAUGUAGCAUAAGUCGACAACCUCCGUUGAGUGGGAGUUAUUGUUGAAUAAAUCCGGUUUAGUUUGAUACGCUUGUUCGUAAAAAGCAUCAGCUAGCAACAAGUAGUUCCGCAUCCAUGAGAAACUUCUUCAGUGCCAUUAUUUAUUCAAAUCCUCAAACUAGCUGCUCUUCGGUCGUCACAGAAGCAGACGAUUAUGCAGUUCAAUAGAAAGAUGAUGGUUCGAUAUCAGUAAGAAGCAGCUUGAGAAAUUCUUACAACUUUGAACUAAUUAGCGGGCUCUCAAUAAUGAAAGUCUAUCGAUACUUAAUUGUGCUGGUAUUGACAUCGUUUUUGCUGAUAUGGUACUAUAUUCUUCGAGUCAAUGGAGGAUUCUUAAAUGGAUUUACCGGAGGACCUAACUCGACACUUGGCUUUGCUGCUGCCAAUCGUAAAAUCAAUCCGCGACCAGCAGUUUCCAAUCAUAAUGGAACCGAGAUAGCGAUUGUCGUUGUAGCAUGUGGGGAACGCCACAACGAGGCCCUAAACAUGAUCAAAUCAGUGCUCAUGUUCAACCGGAACCAGGCUCCGGUGCGGUUUGUCAUCGUGGCCGAAGAGAACCUGAAGCAAAACUUUGUGGAAAAACUCGACGACUGGCAGGAGUUCACCGAGAACGUAUUCAGCUACGAGAUCCAUUCCCUAACCUUCCCGGAGUCGGAUCGAGACGAGUGGAAAAAGCUGUUCAAACCUUGUGCUGCUCAGCGAUUGUUCCUUCCGUCCUUGCUCACACAUAUCGACUCGGUGCUGUACGUCGAUUCGGACACUAUUUUCCUAUCCUCCGUUCGAGAGCUGUGGUCCAUGUUUGGCCGAUUCAACUCGUCUCAGUUUGCCGGAAUGGCCCCGGAGCACGAGGACAAAAAUGCCGGCUGGUACAAUCGAUUCGCCAGGCAUCCGUACUACGGAGAUCUGGGAGUAAAUUCGGGCGUCAUGCUGAUGAACCUUACUCGAAUGCGGGAAUUCCAAUGGGAACAACACAUCAUGCCCAUCUACAAGGAGUACCGCCUUAAGCUCGUUUGGGGCGACCAAGACAUCAUCAAUAUCCUGUUCCACCAUCACCCGGAUCGGUUGUUCGUUUUCCCCUGCGACUGGAACUAUCGAGCCGACCAUUGCAUGUACAUGAGCUUAUGUGAGGCGCCCGGAGGCAUCAAGAUAGUGCACGGCAAUCGUGGCUACUUCCACUCGCUGGUUCAGCCCAUCUUCAAUCUGCUCUACUCGACGAUCGAAGAGUAUGCCUUCCGCACCGAUGUUCAUUCCAACUUCAUACGCACAAUCGAGGACUCGCUGGUACUGCCAAGCAAUUCCAACUGUGAUAAGCUGCUAGAGAAGUUUCUGCAGGAUCCCAAAAAAUAUUUCAAACAGAACCAGUAUGUCGAGGAUACUUAACGACGGCAAGCUGAUGAGAAGCGAAUGUUAAUGUAAGGAGAAGGUUGGUCGCAACUUAUCAGUUAUGUUAGUUCCUUUCAUGAAGUUUUAAAAUUAGCGACAGUAAUUUGAUUGCAAAAAUUGAUUGUUCCGUUUAUAACUAAUCGAUCCUUUAUCAAUUUGGUUGUUGUUGCUAUCCUCAAUUUGAAGUAAGUAUUACUGUACGUAAGAAAUUUGUCAAUCCAAAAUACUCGUGUAAUAUCAUAUUCGACUUUUUUCAUCGUUAACGAAAAGUUUUAAAGAAAAUAAUAAAGAAAACCAAUUUGGUAGAAUUAACUUUGCUAUUGGCUAAACAAAUUGGCUAAAUAUCAGAAGCUGUUAUCAAUGCAAAUCAAAACUUAGCAGUGGUGGUUUCCAUGAGAUUGAACCUCAAACGAUCGAAAUGCUGAAAUGCAACAAUAUCUCUUAAAAAAUUAGGAACGCGCCUUCUAGUACAGUAGGUUAUCGUGAAAAGUUUAUAAAACUCGCGUUAGACAAUACAUACCUAGGAUAUGUUGACCUGUUUUACGUUGUACGUUUGACCUUUCCAGGGUUCAACAGUUAAUUAGAGAUAAGAAAAGUAACAGUAUAGGUUUCAUCCGUUUUAGUUCUUAAGCGAAUGUGAAGGAUUUCAGUCGGUUUUUCAAAUGUAUUGUGUUGGAUUUCACAGCCUCCCGGCUUCAACUGAAAGUUGAAGUUUUAUAUGGUUGUAAAUAAAGUUUUUUUUACUCUUA